AUGGCCGGCGUCGCCGCAGCAAGAGCAGCGGCAGCAGCGAUGGCAGCGGUGGUGCUGCUCCUGGUUGUGUCGGCGCCGCCGUCGGCGGACGCCCACGUAGUGAUCGGCGCGUACAACACGACGUGCCCGCAGGCCGAGGACGUGGUGCUUACGGAGAUGACGGCCAUCGUGGCCAAGUCGCCGGACCUCGCGGCCGCCGUGCUCCGCCUCUUCUCCGUCGACUGCUUCACGAAAGGCCCGUUCAUCCUGCUCCCAACUGGUCGGAGGGACGGCAACAGGUCCGUGGCCGCCGACGUCGCCCUCAACUCGCCGCCGCCGGGCGCCAACAUCACCGACAUCAUCGCCCUGUUUGCUAAAAAGUUCAACCUCACCGCCAAGGACGUCGCUGUCCUCUCCGGUUUUUAA